AGGCAAUCCAGAACUUUCCCACGCGUCCGUAUAUAUUUUAUAUACGGGAACGGUUCUCGGGUUUCAGUGUUACAAGAACAAGUUGUUGGCCGUUGGAGAGGACUCGCCGGAAGCUUGCGAGCGAAUCUUCGAAAGAUCUCUCGGCAUACUCUUCCCCCCUCCCGCCUCUUCCAAGAUCAAUUGUUUUAGGGUUCCGAGAGGGGAAUAAAAAUUCGAGCAUUCUCUAAACUUUGGAAGUGGAAGAGGAUUUUUCUACUCUGGUUUGAGUUCUUCUUCUAGUCUUUACUCUCCUCCUUCCUUGUCUAAUAUUUUCUCAACUUGGAAGAGCAAUUACUCUAGAAAAUUUAUUGGAGUGGUGGUAUAUUCCUGUCAAUAUCAUUAUGGCUACAAUAUCAGGAUGCUUAAUAGGUUUUCUUGUCGCAUGUGUUGUUCGACCCCCAUAUCCAUAUUUCAAGUUCACUAUCAUACACAUUGGAAUUGGGAACAUUGGGAAUAUACCUCUCGUGCUUAUUGCAGCUUUAUGCCGAGAUGAAUCCAAUCCAUUUGGUGACCCUAACAAAUGUAGCCAAGAUGGAAAUGCAUAUAUUGCAUUUGGACAGUGGGUUGGUGCAGUUGUUGUGUACACUUUCGUUUUUCAGAUGCUUGCUCCACCUCCUGGAGAAACAUUUGAUAGCCUUGAAGAGGAGAAGCUCCCAACUAAGGCUCCUGUUAAUGCUGUGCCCGAGCAAGUGCCCUUACAAACUUCAGAGGAGCCUGAGACAAUAGCAUUAGAGUCUUCAAAAAGAGGGGAAAUAGUCAGCCAGCUACGCUAUCUUGUUGAAAAAUUGAAGCUAAAACAGAUCUUUCAGGCCCCGAUAAUUGCUUCUAUCCUGGCAAUUGUUAUUGGAGCUGUACCUUUCUUAAAACAAUUGAUCCUUACAGAUGAUGCUCCAUUUUUCUUUUUCACCGACAGCUGCCUCAUUCUCGGGGAAGCCAUGAUUCCGUGUAUUUUGCUUGCGUUGGGCGGUAACCUUGUUGAUGGUCCGGGUGCAGGAACUGCAAAGCUUGGAUUUCGCACAACUGCUGCUAUCGUAUUUGGGCGGCUGAUCUUGGUUCCUCCGGCAGGUCUUGGCAUUGUCACUUUAGCUGAUAAACUAGGAUUCCUACCAAAGGGUGACAAAAUGUUCAAAUUUGUCCUUCUACUCCAGCAUAGCAUGCCCACCUCUGUGCUGUCCGGUGCGGUUGCCAUUUUAAGGGGCUGCGGAAAGGAAGCUGCUUCUGUCUUGUUCUGGGUUCAUAUCUUUGCAGUAUUUUCCAUGGCUGGAUGGAUUGUGUUGUAUUUGGGCUUACUCUUCUGAAGGCCUCACUUAUCAAUAUGUUGGUAUCAUAUGGAAGUACAAAAUAGAUUCUUGCACCAAGAUUUAAGGUCGUACAAAUCAGGGUCGAAGAACUUAAAAUAUGUGCACUUCUGCUUGAUAGCAGAGACAUCAUCUAGAGUAUGAGAUUUAUGUCCAAGCAGCCAGCUUCAGGGACAGUGGCCACUAAGAAUUAUGGCAUACAACCAUACAAUGGCACCGGCCUGUGAGAAUCGUGCUUAGGUGCAAGUGGAGGUGAUCCACUAGUCCAUAUAAUGACCAUCUCAAUCAUCUUUCAUCAGCAAUUAGAAGCAGAACAGAUGGGACUAAUAUGCCGUGUGCAUGUCUCAGAAUCCGUCUCUAGUAUAUGUUUUUCCAAUGUAUCUCUCCUUAAUUCUGAUGCUCGAGCUGCAUGAAACAUCACACACACUAUGCAUCAGUGUAACACUCUCCUGUGUAUAUCCAUUGUUGUCUGUCACUAUGUCAAGUUAGAUCUGCAGAUCGCACUAGAAUUCUUGCAGUGUCAGGAGAAGCUUUUUGUAAUGUUCCAAUGGCAACUUGAUAGCUUAGUCCCAUCUAUUUGGGGUAUUGUUUUUUGGAUGGGGGUACAAAAUUGUUAAUUUAAAGAGCUGAAGACUAUCACAUGCUGGAGUGACAUUGUUCUUUAUA